AUGGGUCUUCAAUCUUGUGUAAGAGCCAAGAGGCUUUGGAAUGUCUUGAAGGUGACACUCAUUCUAAUGGCAAGAAAAGGGUUGAUCUCAAAAAGAAGGUUCAUCAUGGACAUGAAUUUGAUGGUGAAGAGAGGGAAGCUAUUCAGAAAAUCUGUUACCAAUUAUUUCAUGUUCCAUCACCAUCACAACCACUCGAGCCAUAGAGAUAUGACACGUGGUGUUUUCGGCAUACAGGAUUAUGAAUUCUCUUGCAGCAACACUCCCAUUAAUUCUGUUUUUUCCCACAUGUCAAAGCGCACCACCAAAUAUCAAGCUUACUUCCCUUGUAUAAACCUUCCAGUAGAGAUCGAAACAAGACGACGACAACAGGACGAGGAUGAAGAAGAGGAAGAAGAUUCGUACCAAGAAGCUAAGGCAGAUUCUUAUCUACUCAUGACUCCUGAGAACACAUUAAGUCAUUUGCAGUAUAAUGGUUGUACCUUUGCUUUAAGUCCUGCAAUGGAGGCCGUUUCGCCGUUUAAUGUAAGGAUUUCGAACUAUUCAUCUGAAGAAGAAAAUGAAAUUAGCAGUGAAAGUGGACAAGUGGAUAAUCAAGCUGAGGAAUUCAUCAGGAGGUUCUAUGAACAGCUGAAGAUGCAAAAACGCCUGCAAUUACUACAAUACAACUAA